AUGGGUAACUCUCCAUCUGUUCUGCUCAUGCCCAUUUCUUUAGUCAAGAAAGCAGGCCUUGCUUUUGUUCCUGAUGAGACGAUGGUGAGUAUGCAGCAUAAAGUGCUGAUUCAGUUACACCACAUUGUCCCCUGGAAUAAAGUUGCCUUUUCAGUAGCUUCACCAUAUAAAUGCACACAUAUGGCUCAGACACUGAGCGCUAGCAGGCAUCAAAUUCGCACAGGCAAAAACCAAAUACCAGCAUCCAAGCAGAAGUGCAGAUAGAGCUGCUCCAAACAAUGGAAAGUUUUGCCCAGGAGCAUGUCAUUGGAAUUCCUUUGGCUUCGUUUGCAUAUGCCCAAGAGGAAAUGCAAGGAAAACCUUCCUGUUCUUCCUUGAUUCAUAAAAAGAAUAAGAAGAGUUCCUUCAUUUAUCGGAUGAGCAAAUUGAGCCAGAAAAAAGAUAACUACAUGCAAGGGUUCAAAGAACACUUAUAUCUGGGACCAAAAAUUUCAGAAACUAUCAAAGGGAAACUAAGCUUCGGUGCAAAGGUUCUCCAAGCUGGUGGUAUUGACAAGGUCUUCAGAGAAUACUUUGCAGUCGAGAAAGAUGAGAAACUAGUGAAAGCAUUCCAAUGCUAUCUUUCAACCACAGCAGGUCCAAUAGCUGGAAUGCUUUUCAUCUCAACUGAGAAAAUUGCUUUCCAUAGUGAUAGGCCUUUGAACUUAGCAUCUCCCAAAGGAGGCAGUACAAGGGUGCCUUACAAGGUGUUGAUCCCCACAAAGAGGAUAAAGAGUGCUUCAGUGCGGGAAAAUUUAUACAAUCCAGAUGAGAAGUAUAUUGAUGUAGUUACUGAUGAUGGUUUUGAUUUUUGGUUCAUGGGUUUUGUCAGCUACGAGAAGUCAUUCAAAUAUCUUCAGCGUGUAAUUCAGGAGCUGAGAUGAUACGAGUAGUUCUUUAAUCUGAAACAUACUACAUACCAUGUUGAUAUGGUAUAUGUACAUUGAACACAUAGCGUUGAUCAAUCAUUUGAUUGGAAAGCAAAGUUUUCCAAUGAUGUCUUUGAAGGAUUCAGUAUUGUCAAAUACACUGAUCAAUCAUAUCGAAUGAACUGAUUGAUCAGAUCCUGUCGACACCCCUUUUUUUGUAACCAAGAGGUUAUCUUAGAGAGGCUCAGCUCUCAACAGAAGCUUUCAUUUGAAAACUAUAACCGGAAAGGGAUUAUGCUGAACUAAAGGUCUCACCCAAAGUAAAUGUAUGCAUACAGUUCUUCUAAUUCUUCUAACUAAGAGAAGAAGAGCUACUUUCCUCACAUUGAUUGGCUAGAUCCAUUAUUGUAAUUUGGCAUCCUUUUCUUGUUCUUUGGUUGUUCUUCCUGUACAGUUUUCUCAUCUUGUAUUUGUAGCCAGUAGGGGCGCCCCUCCAUUUUUCUAAAAAAUAAAAUUCAUUCUUAUGUGAAAUUCUUAAAUCUAUAGCCGUCACAAACUAGUCUAUGCUCCAUUUGCAUGUGAUAGCGGAUUAUCAUGUUCCAUGCACCUCUUUCCUUUUAUGUUAUUUAUUUAUUUUUCUGUGGUACAUCAGAUGUGUGAUGGGUUGUAGUAUUUUCUGGGAUUCAGUAGAUUAAGGGGUAUUAGGCAUUCAAACAUAAAAACAGAACAGAAGGGUCAAAAACUGUUAAUGAGUGUAAGAAAGUGGCAGUGUAAGGAGUUAGAAGGUAAUAGCCAAUGCUCUCCACAUUGUAGCUAAAUGUUGACAGGUGCACAGAAAAUGUGUUGACUAAAUCUCAGAUUUUUAAGUGAAAAAAAACCUCGUUUGCACAGCAGAUAAGUCUCUUAAAUGACUUGCUAGCUAUUCUAACAGCUCCCUUUGAUGUUUAACUAAAUUCAUCUCAGGUUUAAAUAACAUUGACAAAGUUCAAGGUGCAGUAGUAUACAAUUGAAUACCACUUUUCUACUGAAGUUAAUAAAGUAUUUCACCAUUGCAUAUUUAUGAUCCUGAUGACCAGAUGAUGACUCUGUGACAAAGUGCUGACUUGCAAGAUGAUGACACUGCAGGAGAAAGUGCUGAGUUAGUUAUACUACUUUAUUCUAUCAAACAAAGCCACUUCUGAA